AUGGCUAAUUCAUGUUCAAACCUAAUCCUAUGGGUUACCUGCCUUAUUCUGGCUGUAUGCUGGGCUAAACAAUCAACUCAAUCAAAGAAAAAUGCCCUAAAUGAUGAUAAUUUCGAUCAAAAUCGAAUCAAAUCGUUCUACACAAGUGAUCAUCGAAAAAUUUCUGUUUACAAUAAUUUUCUACUUUCAUCAAGUGUUUUUCUCAUUAGAAAUUAUUUGUCUAUUUAUGGUCAAUGGGAACAUUCGUUAGAAGAUUACAGUAAUGGUAGCCAUUUUGGUGAAGAAAGCCCAGAUCAUAUCAUGUGGAAAACUUUUCUAAAUCCAGAAUUUAUCGAAAAGACACGUUUCGGGAAAAAAAUUAUCCGAGCUGUCAACCAUUUUAAAGAACAGCAAGAUGGCGAUGGCUAUCACAUCUAUGAUGCGACUGCUAAAUUAAUUCGAAGAAUCGAUAUCCCUAAGAGUACUAUUGAUGCCCCCGAUAGUGAAGGUGAUGUCAGUGCCAUACUCUAUCUAAUUGGCAGUUGGAAAAAAAAUGAUUAUGGCGAUAUUUUAUUUUAUGAUGAUAAUAAAGAAAUUGUUGGUGCUGUCCAUCCACUCAUGCAUAGAAUGAUCAUGUUUGAUUCUUCCAUUGAACAUCUCUAUAAACCUCCAGCGAUCGAUAAUGGCGUAGCUAUGAAAACGUUACAAAUUAAGCUGACUAAAUCAGUUAAAAAAGUCAAGAAUGCUGUUCAACAUUGGAAAUUGAGAUCACAAAAUAGAAUUGUUGGCCGCAAAACUACAUUGAGCAAGUUAACUACCUCAACUUCUAAUGUCAUCGAUGUAGAAAAGUAUAUUACUAAACGCUAUGUUGGACCUCAUGGUAGAAAGAUCUUUGUUUUAGAUAAUUUAUUCAACGAAAACGACUUAGAAAAAUUACGAAAAAUUGUAAAGUAUAAACGCUACGUCUUUACUGAUCGAUUUGAUGAAGGCAGUGAUGGCGUUUCUUGGGUGGCAACAUUCUCAUUACAAGAUUUUAUCGAUAGUCAUCUAUGGGAUAUCCAUCAACAAGUAGCGAAGCAUGUUGGCAAUCGCACUACCUAUUUUCCCUAUGAUGUUUCCUGCAAUUUAGUCCAAACUAGCGAUAAAACUCGCUUGCAUGAUGAUUGCGCUCAAGUCGCUGAUCAAUGGACGAUGGUAACCUAUCUAAAUCCUAAUUGGACAGCACAAUCAGGUGGAGAAACCGCUUUCUUUGAACGAAAAGGCAAUGAUAAUGAAUAUAUUACUGAAGUAAGACCUCGCUAUGGCCGAAGUGUUAUAUUUCAGGGGAUGAUUUAUCACUCAGCUAGACCACCAGCGAAUGGCUAUAAUGGCAUACGAUACUCGUUUGCUGUUAAGAUGGCAGAAGAUGAAGCUCAAGCAAGAGUAAAUCGAGUAACAGAAGACUUUUCUACCUAUGCUGCAAAUGUUGAACAAGUUAGCAGUGCAAUCAAGAUUGGUUAUAAAAUGGGUGAAGAAAGAACUGAGAGAAUCGCAUUUCGAUCUAUUGUCGGUUCUGCUUCUGCUUCAAAGUCGAAAGAGAAAGAAGAAGAAGAAGAUGAUGAGCCCAGUCGACGAAAUGUAAAGGGCAAUCAGGACUGGUCUGAAGAUGAUAAUGAAAAUUUUGAAAAUCAACCCAUGCAAGAUCCAGAAUAUGAACGCGAAUUGGAACAAUAUCGCAAUCCUCAUAAAGAAAUAGAAAAAACGUCCAAUAAAGUAGCUGCCAAGAAACGUCAAGAACUAAUCGACAGCAUAGAUAGAGUUAGAUCCAAUGACAAAGCCAUGGCUAAAAUCCAAAAUGAUUUUGAGCGUCAAAUAAAUAACUUAUUACAAAAACUAUCAGGAACUUUAAGUAAAUAUCUAUAG